AUGUCAGACGAAAGUAUUCAACAGUUUAUGGCUUUAACGAACGCCUCUGCUAAUGUUGCCUCCGAUUAUUUGAAACAGUUUGAAGACAUGGAAGAAGCAGUGAAUGCGUACUAUGCGGCCCAACAGGGUGAUUUCGAACAGCAUGAUAGCACAGAAUAUGGAGCUGCUACUACUGCUGCUGAAGGCUCUUCUCAUUCGGAAGGUGCAGAUGAAGAUGUUUCUUAUGCAAGGACCCUUAGUGGCCAAAAGAUUGCUGUUCCUAGAUCGACACCUUCCCCAUCUUUAAAUAAAAGCAAGUCUAAGCCCAAGUCCAAGAUCCAAUCUUUUUCAGAUAUGUUGAGGGGUGGUGAUGAUGAAGAUGAAGACCGUAAUACGUUUGCUGGUGGUGAGACUUCAGGUCUUGAGAUCACGGAUCCUCAUGCCAAUGAUUCGAAUUCUCUAAUUAGAGAUUUGUUGGAGAAAGCUCGUAGGGGAGGCCAGAGGGCUGGUGAAGGGGAUGAUAGUGAUGGGAACGAAUCUAAUGGCGAAAAACAACAACAUCACUUUACUGGCAGGGGUUACAGGUUGGGUUCGGACCUUUCUGCACCUCCAAUGGUAGUUGAAGACAAUACACCACAAGAGUCAGAAAGACCAAAGAAGGUGACCAGAGAGAUCACAUUCUGGAAGGAAGGGUUCCAGGUUGGAGAUGGUAAGUUAUAUCGUUACGAUGACCCAGAAAAUAGCUUCUAUUUGAAGGAAUUGAACCAGGGUAGAGCGCCAUUACAAUUACUUGACGUUGCGUUUGGCCAAGAAGUGGACGUUACAGUGUACAAGAAACUAGAUGAGUCUUAUGUGCCACCCAAGAGAAAGCUGGGUGGGUUCCAAGGUACCGGUAAGAGGCUAGGGUCCCCAAUCCCAGGAGAUAUUGUGCAGUCUCAAUCGUCGACCCCUUCCCCAGCUGUAGCUUCUGAAUCCAAAGCAGCAACAGAGGAGCCAAAACCAGAACAGAUCGGAGAUACCAGUGUACAGAUUAGGUAUGCAUCCGGCAAAAGAGAAGUCUUACGCUGCAACUCAACAGAUACUAUCAGAUUCUUGUACCAGCAUGUAAAGGAGAACACCGAGGGAAACAGAACUUUCACCUUGAGUCACGCAUUCCCAAUAAAAAGCAUCGAUGCAUUCGACUCUACUAUAAAAGAACAAGACUUAUGCAAUGCCGUGGUGGUCCAAAGAUGGGUAUGA